CCACAACUGGCAUCAAUUAUUGCCAAAGAAAAGCCCCCGGCAAUAACACAAUGAUCGAAGCUCAGAUAGAGAUCGCCGCCUCACCAUCACAGGUGCGGGAAGUCUUGCUCGACUUCUCCAAAUACCCAGAAUGGCAUACGAAUUUUGUCAAGCUACUCGAAUCAGAAGACAACACCAGGUCCCUUCAGUCCCUUGAACCAGGAGACAAAAUCAAGUGCGACAUUGAUGGGAUGCAGUUCACCGCUGAGAUCAAGGAGAAUUCCGACUCUUUAUACCAAUGGCAAGGACCUCCGGUUUUUGGCUUGAUUGCCGGUCUCCACAGUUUUCACAUGGAAUCCGCCAACAACGGGGCGUCGACGAUCUUCAAACAGACGGAGAAAUUCACAGGCCCUAUCUCGUUCCUCAUGACGCCCACGUUGCUGGGGAGGAAGAUGCUAGGCCAGUACAAUCAGUUCAAUCGGGAUCUAAAGACUCGAGUGGAAGCGAUGAAGUGA